CUUCCUGCUCACCGCUGGGCAGUUAUACUGAAACCAGGCUGGGGACACCGGAGGGUUCGAAGGCCAGGCUCCAGGCCCAGGCUGGGCCCAGGGCAGGACCAUGGCCGGUAGGGGCGGCAACAUCUGUACCAGGAUGUCCACAGAAGACAGGAAUAGAGAGGAGAGGCUUGUCUAUGAGAUUGUAUUCAACCACUUCAAAAGACAUAAGAUCGACAUUGCAAGUACAAUAAAAAAAGAAUUUCCUUUCCUUGAGGUUCUUCGUGACCGUGAACUUAUCACCGAAAAAAUGUAUGAGGAUUGUCAAGAAUCUUGUAGAAACCUGGUCCCUGUACAGAAAGUGGUAUACAAUGUUCUCAGUCAACUGGAGAAGACAUUUGACCUGCCACUGCUGGAAGCAUUGUUCAGCGAGGUUAACAAACAGGAAUAUCCUGAAUUAAAUAACAUUUAUAAAAGCUUUGAAAAUGCGAUCCAUGAGAGAAUUUAUCACCAAGAAAGUGAUGAAGAAGAGAGUGUGGAAAACCUUAACGCACAACUGAGCAUUGAACAAGGAACUGGUGAGAACUCACACCCAAGCCUGCUCUGGAGCAGACCACAUUCCUCGAAUCACAAUGGUACAGCCCCGCCUGAAAAUGGACUCUCAGAGCACCUCUCUGAAACAGAACAAAUAAAUGCGAAGAAAAGAAGUACAACCAAUGACGACAAUGCGCCUGAAAGCCAACAAGCAAAUGAACAAUGUGACCAAGAGUCUGAUCCAGCAGGAUCCUACGGACAAGUACCUACCCGAGAGGGUAAUGGAGAUGAAAGAAGCGAGACACCCAGCCCUUUGCCCCCUAAUGAAGAAAGAGCAGAGCUACCCAACCAAGGAAUCAAACUAAAUUCCUGUUCUGUGUGUCUGGUGGAUAUAAAGAAGGAAAAGCCAUUUUUUAAUUCAGAACUUGAAAAUCAAACCCAAACAAGGACUAAAUGUAACAAGGUGUCUGACAUAAUAGUGAUCAGCAGUGAUGACUCCACAGAAUCCAGUGAUGAUGACGAGCCCCCCAAAGCUUCCAGCUCAGCACUGACGAGGGCACCUGGGCCCAUGGAUUUCAGAAAAUCACGUAUUUGCAGGAAAAGACCUUGGGAAAGUGAGAGAAGUCAUGAAGGAUACUCCGAGUCCAGUGCGGACGAGGCACCCCCUGGAGUCUGGAGCCCUGCGCUGAGAAGUGAUACUGAUGAGGAAGAUUUUCUGGAUAUUGGAAAUCAAUCUACUUAUGGGAUAAGUAACAAGCAAAGACGAAUCAGCACUAGUGACUCUUCAAAACCGAACAAUGAAGAAGAGUCUCCGGAAACUUUUAGCUCAGCCCUAAGAUGGUCAGGAGAAGAGCUCCAAGGACUUGGAAAUGAGAAGUGCUCCUGUGUCAUGUGUUUAUCCAAAGGUGUGCCCAGAGGCCAAGAAGCAAGGACUGAAAGUAGCCAAGCUUCUGAUAUGGAUACCAUGAAUACUGGAAGGAAUUCUACUUUGGAAAAACACAAUGGAAAAAGAAGGACAAAAGCAGUUAAAACUGGGCCUUUGAAAAGAUACAGAAAAAGAGGUCCAAGAAUUCCCAGAGACAAAAAUAUGGAUUUUCGACCUCCUAACCUUCCUGUGACCUGUGGUCAGGCAAAGGGGAUUUUGUAUAAGGAGAAAAUGAAACAGGGAAUCUCAGCGAAGUGUGUGGAGAUGAAGGAUGGAAAGCAGCUCACCCUCAAGGAAUUUGAAAUUGAAGGAAACCACGAAAAGUCCAAGAACUGGAGGCAGAGCGUGCGCUGCGGCGGCUGGCCCCUGAAGAACCUGAUCCAGGAAGGAUUUCUACCAGACCCACCGCGGACAAGAAAAAAGACAACUCCAGAGUCUCACAGUGGUAGCUUUAUUGACCCAUACCCAGAAAACGCCAAUGAAUGUGAGGUGUGUUGUAAAAGAGGAAAGCUGUUCUGCUGUGAUACUUGUCCAAGGUCCUUCCAUAUGAAAUGCCACAUCCAUCAUAUUGAUCCUGACAUGAACCCAUGGAGUUGCAUCUUCUGCCAGAUAAAGGCCAUUUGGGAAAAGUGCCCAGAAAAUCAACCAUGUUAUCAGGAAUCGGAGGUCCUGGAGAGGCAGAUGCUGAAUGAGGAGAAGCUGAAAUGUGAAUUCCUCCUCUUGAAGGUCUAUUCCUGUUCAGAAAGCCCCUUUUUUGCCACAAAACCAUACCAUAGUAAAAAGGCACUUCAGGGCCUGAAGAAGUGCAUGUGGUUAGACAAAAUCAGGAAAAAGAUGACUUGGAAGUUGUACUGCCAAGUGAAGGAGUUUAUGCAGGACAUGCGCCUCAUCUUUCAGAACCACAGGACAUUUUACAAGGGCCAUAAGUUCAUCAGGCUGGGACUUCAACUGGAGGCCAAAUUUGAGGAUGAUUUCAGAAACAUUUUUGGAGUUCAGAAAACUAGCAAGGACAGCUCUCAGUCCACGCCCACCAUGUCGUGAUACUGUCCCUGUUGGCUUCCCCUCUAGAGCCGCCAGCAGGGGGCGGCCCUGUGCCCGUGGCCCCACGCCACCUGCUAC